AAAGUCCCGGUGCUUAUCCAUGGCGGCAAAGCAGUUGCUGAAUCCCUUGUGAUCCUUGAAUACAUUGAAGAGACUUGGCCACAGAAUCCCUUGCUUCCAAAGGAUCCACAUGAAAAAGCCCUGGCUCGAUUUUGGAUCCAAUACACUGAUAAGCUGAGGCCCAUUCAUCAUGCACUUUUCUCCGCUAUUGGAGAAGAACGUGAAAAGGCAGCAAAACAGUUUCAAGAAGCUUUGAAGGUUUUGGAAGAUCAAUGCCUGCAGGAAGACCAGAAAUUCUUCGGUGGUGAAACUAUAGGUAUGGUGGAUAUAGUAUAUGGAAUGGCAGCUUUCUGGACCGAGUGCAUGGAGGAAGCUGUGGGGGUGAAAGUUGUAGAGCCCAGCAUUUUGCCUCGCCUGCAUGCAUGGGUUCAGAACUUGAAGCAAGUGUCUGUGAUUAAAGAUAACCUUCCCAAGCAAGUGUCUGUGAUUAAACUGGGUUGUACCGCAGUAGCAGUUCACUCUUGUUGGCAAGGUCUUCUUCUAUGUAAUCAAAUUCCACGCCCUUUAGUUUGAGAGCCCAUAUCACUCUAUAAACAAAGGGGCUUGGCCAGAAUCCCAGUAUCUUCACUUCUGCCAUAUAUUGCCAGUUGAUGUGUUGGAAUCGAAGUUGGAAUGCUGUAAUUAUUUG